AUGUCCGGAUUUGACCCAGAAGUGGCUUGCCAUCACCUAACCAUCGAUCCGACCUGCAAGGCCAUCGCUCAAAGAAGAAGAAAACAGUCACCAGAAAAAACGGCUGCAGCCGAACUAGCUGUAAAAGACCUCUUAGAGGCCAGUAUUUUCCAUAGAUUCUCCAAUCUUAAUUCCCUUGACCUCUGGUUCGACUCUCAUGAUCUCGACGCAAUCAUUGCUUCAGCUCUCCGUGACAGACCAACAUUGAAAUCUUUAUCCCUUUCCAGAAUUAAGCAAGAGGAUGCAAAUUACGUUGAUUCAUUAGUCAGUUUGAAGGGCUUGAAUUGUCUUCAGUUACGUUUCUCAAAAAUCUCAGAUGAUUUGCUCUACUCGAUUGCAAGGGAAGUUAUUCCUUUAAAGAGGUUUGUUCUUGAAUAUUGUAUCGGCUACAGUUACGAUGGAGUUUAUGGUUUAUUAUCCAAGUGUCAUGGGAUACAACAUUUGCAUAUUCAAGGUAAUCAUUUUCUAAAUAACCUUCAUGUUGCCCAGCUGUCGUUACUUCUUCCGGGUUUGGUAUCUAUAACCCUUAGUCAAUGUUCCAAGCUCACAGAAUUAGCCUUGUUUGCACUCAUUAGAAAUUGUCCUUCACUAGGCGAGAUCACAAUGGAACACACAUAUAUGAGAAGAGAGAGUGAAGAAAAUUCUUAUUCUUUGAAAGAUUUUCAUGUCAACCUUCAAUUAAAGUUUUUACAUUUGGCUCACAAUUUAUUGAUUGACGAAGAAAGCAUCAUAUUGUUUGCUAAUAUUUUCCCCAAUUUGCAGCAUCUUGAUUUGAGUUAUUGCAAUCGCGUAUCUAAAAAAAGUAUUUGUCAAGUUCUAAGUAAAUGUUGCAAGAUUAGACAUUUAAACUUGGCCUAUUGCAAUGAAGUGAAACGACUAAAAAUGAACAUAUUAGUUUACCAUCUAGAGGUGUUGAACUUGUCGGGUACAAGUGUUCGUGAUAAAACCAUAUAUGAGAUCUCAAAGAGUUAUCGUGGAAUUUUGCAAUUGUUACUAACACGUUGUCAUUAUAUCACAGAAAAAGGAGUGAUAAGUGUGGUUGAAAAUUGCACACAACUAAAGGAGAUCAAUCUGAGAGAUUGUAAGAAAGUGGAUCCUUGUGUUGUUGUCUUGAAGAUUUUUGUGUCAUACUUAUUGCCGCCUUCAUUGGCAGCAUGGGUGAAUGUCGUGGCCUCUGGUUGGAAUUGA